CAAAUCGGUGUGCCGAAAGGGUACCUUUAUCAACCAAAGAUGAUGGAUUGCUACAAGCCAGCCAAGGAUGAUAAAAUUUUCCCAGAUUCUUUUCCUUAAAUAGUGUCAAUUACUAUUAAUUCAAGAUAUUCCCUAAUGAAAGAAAUGAUAUUUAGGAAACAUGCAAUAGAUACCAUGAUUUUUUCUAUAAAUUAAUGUCUACCAGAUUCGUGCUUGAUCAAGUUCAAGACAAACCAGCAACCCACAAUUCUUCUCAGCCAUGGCCAUGACAAAGGUGAAGAAGCCUCACGCUGCCCUGCUCGCCAGCCCUGGCAUGGGACAUCUCAUUCCUGUCCUUGAGCUUGGCAAACGAAUGGUCACUCACCAUGAUUUUCUUGUAACAGUCUUCGUUGUUGCAAGUGAUCCUGCCUCAACUUCCCUUCUCAAAUCACCAACCCCAAAUGAUGAUCUUGGCAUUAUUGCACUCCCAUCUGUGGAUAUCUCCGGCCUAGUCGACCCCAAAGCCCCUCUCGUGGCGAAACUGCUCGUGCUCAUGCGGGAGUCCUUGCCAAGCCUCAGGUCUUCGAUUGCUGCCAUGAAGUGUCGCCCGACAGCGUUGGUUGUGGACUUGUUCGGAAUUGAUGCUUUUGCAAUAGCCGACGAGUUUGGAAUGCUUAGGUACGUGUUCGACACCACCACUGCAUGGUUCCUCGCCGUCGCGUUACAUUCAUCGAGCAUCGGUAAAAAUGUAAUCUUGGAGGAACAUGUUAAGAGCCAAAAGCCAUUAAAAGUUCCUGGUUGCAAGUCGCUUCGAUUUGAGGAUACCCUUGAAUCUUUUCUCAACAUUGAUAGGUUUGAUGGGUCUCAAUUUAUGGGAACUGAGAUGACAAAGACCGAUGGGAUCUUGAUUAAUACUUGGGAGGAUCUUGAGUCAACAACCAUUAAAGCACUUCGUGAUAAUAACUUCUUGGGGAGAGUCGUUAAGGUCCCUAUUUAUCCUGUUGGUCCACUGAUCAGGAAGGAUGGAAAGCAGGUUUUAGAUAAAGAAGUAAAGAUUUGGCUUGACAAGCAACCCACCGAAUCAGUUAUUUAUGUCUCGUUUGGAAGUGGAGGGACUUUAUCAGCCAAACAAAUAACAGAGUUGGCUUGGGGUUUAGAGCAAAGCAAGCAAAGAUUUAUUUGGGUGGUUCGUCCUCCAUCAGAGAAUGCACUUGGGACCUAUUUCACCAUAGGGAAAAACGACGGGGAUGGCACCCCCGAUUACUUGCCUGAAGGGUUUUUCACUCGAACCAAGGACAUUGGCUUGGUGAUCCCAAUGUGGGCACCUCAAGCACAGAUCCUGAGCCAUCCAUCAGUGGGUGGAUUUUUAUCCCAUUGCGGUUGGAAUUCAACUUUGGAAAGCAUUUUAAAUGGGGUACCAAUGAUCGCGUGGCCGCUUUAUGCAGAGCAAAAAAUGAACGCUGCAUUGCUGACGGAGGAGUUUGGGAUUGCUGUUCGACCCAAGGUGUCACAGACUGAUAAAAUUGUUGAGAGGGAUGAGAUAGCGACGAUGGUGAAAAAGAUCAUGGUGGGCGAUAAGGAAGGGCAUGCAAUGAGGACCAGAAUCAAGGAACUAAACAGCAGUGCAGAAAAGGCUCUGAGCAGGGGCGGUUCCUCUUACCAUUCAUUGUCCCAAAUCGCCAAAGAUUGCUUGCAGCGCCUCCAAGCGUAAACAUUGGGGUGCUUAAUAUAGUGAGCGGGAAGCAUGAGCUUCCCAGCUCGUACAUAUUACAUGCAACUAGAAUAAAAGAAAAAGUUUUUAAUCUCUUUCGAGACACAUAUCUUUGAAGAAAAAAGUUGUAAGAUUCAAUGAUUAAAGAAGCUCCAUUAGGGCAAAAGGAUUGCUUAUGGUCACUAUUUAAAGCCCCUGGAGAUAUUUCUGUAUUUAAUGUAUUUGUGUUCAUAGAAUUUAAGUUUCUUGAA